CAUGUUUGAGUGUUAUAAUCGUAAAUAACACGCCUGAUUGAGAUUCUACUUUCUUUCUCUCUCUAUGAUAAGAAGAGUGACUUGUGUUUUAAAGUCAUUCCCAUGUGCCUUGUCUCCGACAACUUUAUCUUUCAUCUUGCUCAUGCCUCUGGUUCACAUGGUACUUCUCAAGAUUCACUAUUUUUUAAGGUUUUUCAUCUCAGAAAAAGUCAGAUCAUUUAAGGUGUAAAAUCAUACACGUGACAAGAAAUGUACAAGCAUCCAAUACAAGAGAUUGAGGAUUACUCUUUGCCUGCCAACUCUGCUGGUAAGCGUAGUAGGUACGUACCGGUUCACAACUCACGUAAACGGUACUGCACGCCAGAGUCAUCAUCACCUGACUCUCCUAGUUACGAUGUUCUCUCAAACGCUACGGUUUAGUAUCACAUAAAAACUCUGCAUAUGAAGAUACGUCUGGCUCUUGUGUGACGGAUGAUUUAAUGAUAAGAUAAAAGAAACUUGAAACGGUGAUGAUGGGGCCUGACUCCUUGGACUUGGUCCUCGAUUACAACGACUCCUUUGAUUCCACGUUGUCUCAAGAGACUAAUAGCUGGAGAUCGACUCUAGAGGCCGUCUCUAGACGUGACCUAAGAGCUGAUCUUGUUUCAUGUGCAAAAGCUAUGUCUGAAAACGAUCUUAUGAUGGCACGUUCGAUGAUGGAGAAGCUGCGUCUGAUGGUAUCGGUUUCUGGUGAGCCUAUUGAACGUUUGGGAGCUUACCUACUAGAAGGCCUAGUGGCUCAACUAUCUUCAUCGGGUAGUUCUAUAUACAAAUCACUUAACCAGUGCCCUGAACCCGCAAGCACCGAGCUGCUCUCUUACAUGCACAUACUCUAUGAGGUUUGUCCUUACUUCAAGUUCGGAUACAUGUCAGCAAAUGGUGCCAUUGCUGAAGCCAUGAAGGAAGAAAACAGAGUUCAUAUUAUCGAUUUCCAAAUAGGUCAAGGGAGCCAAUGGGUCACUCUUAUCCAGGCUUUUGCAGCUAGGCCUGGGGGGCCUCCUCGGAUACGGAUAACGGGUAUUGAUGAUACCACUUCAGCUUAUGCUCGUGGAGGUGGCUUGAGCAUUGUAGGGAACAGACUCGCCAAGCUUGCUAAGCAGUUUAAGGUUCCGUUUGAGUUCAACUCGGUGUCGGUGUCAGUGUCCGAGGUUACACCUAAGAACCUCGGUGUCCGACCAGGGGAAGCUCUAGCCGUCAACUUUGCCUUUGUGCUUCAUCAUAUGCCUGAUGAGAGCGUGAGCACUGAGAAUCACCGCGACCGGUUACUGAGAAUGGUGAAGAGUUUAUCUCCCAAAGUGGUAACCCUGGUGGAGCAAGAAUCAAACACAAACACGGCCGCUUUCUUCCCGAGGUUCAAGGAGACAAUGGAUUACUAUGACGCCAUGUUCGAGUCUAUUGAUGUGACUCUCCCAAGGAAUCACAAACAGAGGAUUAACGUGGAGCAACAUUGUCUAGCAAGAGAUGUAGUGAACAUCAUCGCAUGUGAAGGAGCUGAUCGGGUGGAGCGGCACGAGCUCCUAGGGAAAUGGAGGUCACGGUUUGGGAUGGCCGGUUUCACUCCUUAUCCGUUGAGUCCCCUUGUGAACUCCACUAUUAGAAGUCUACUCAGGAACUAUUCGGACAAGUAUAGGCUGGAAGAACGAGAUGGAGCUUUGUAUCUUGGUUGGAUGCAACGAGAUUUGGUCGCCUCCUGUGCAUGGAAAUGACACGGAGAAGAGUCUAUAUAUUGUAACCGUAAUCAAAGUGUGUCUACUUGUAUGCAGUUUCAGUUGUUCAUUUGAAUCUUCGAAACGUUAGAAGAAUCUCAUGUCUACUUCUAGAAACCAUUGCAUGAUAGAACAUGUCUUGAAAUAUACUAGUUCAAGCA